AUGUAUAACAACGGUGGUCGACAUGUUCCACAUGGGACGACCUUCACAGUGGGACUCGGUGGACAUGCCACUGUUGGAGGUGCCGGAGCGGCGUCACGAAUGCACGGGCUAUUACUUGACUAUGUGGAGGAGGUAGAGGUUGUUCUGGCCAACUCAUCCAUCGUCCGAGCAUCCAAGUCUCACAACGAGGAUCUUUUCUUCGCCGUGCGUGGCGCCGCUUCAAGCGUCGGGAUUGUCACCGACUUCUCUAUACGCACCGAGCCCGUUCCCGCAUCCAGCGUCACCUACUCUUAUAUCUGGGAGGGGACAGAUCCAGCAGCCCGCGCAGCAGUAUUCUUGACUUGGCACUCAUUGCUCGCCGGCGGCUCUUUGCCCCAACACAUGGCCUACGAUCUGGUUGCGACGACGAAUAGCAUGAUACUGGGCGGGGCAUACUUUGGCAGUCAGGAGGAAUUCGAGGCCUUUAAUCUCAGCAGCCACUUCAAAACUAAAGCAGCUGGGAUUGCUUCCCCGUCGCAUUUCUAUGCCAAAUAUCUCGUCUUCGAUCAACAGACUCCCAUACCUGAUGAUGCUGCUGAGGAGGUCUUCAAGUACCUAGCCACGACCAAAAAUGGUACUGAUUUGUAUGCGGUCACUUUUGCCGCAUUGGGUGGCGCGGUGAGCGACGUCUCGCCAUCAGAAACAGCGUUCUAUCACCGUGAUGCUUCGUACUUUAUGUUCUCCUUUGGAAGAACUAGUGGAAAUCUGACCGACACGACGAUGCAGUUCCUGGAUGGGUUGAGCGAAGUCCUGACUAGUAGGCAACCCGAUGCCUACUACGGCCAGUACGUGGGGAAUGUGGAUCCCAGGCAACCAACUGACAAGGCAUUGACGGGGUAUUAUGGCAAGAAUCUGCAUCGCCUGCAGCAGGUCAAGUCUGCGGUAGACCCGAAUGAUGUUUUCCAUAACCAGCAGAGUAUCCCACCUCUGUCCUAG